AAGCCUUAUAUGGAGCUUAAUAGUAGUAUUGAGUGAUUUGAUUAUUGUGUCUCAUUGUGAUAUUGAUUAUAACACCAUUAAUGAAGAUGGAUCCUAUCGAUUUCGACAUGCAAAUGAUGACAUUGGUGGCUAUUAUCACAGUGCAAGUGGUUCUCCAGACAACUUAGUCCAAGGUCGUUAUGGUUCGCGUAAUCCAGCAACUGGACAGGUGGAAGAAACUGUCUAUACAGCGGGACCACGUGGAUUCCGUGUAAAUGGUCCCCAAAUUCAUCGUAAAAUGGGUUUAGCGCAAUACCCUCCCGGUGCCGUAGGAAGUCCGGAUGAUCCCCUGGCAGAUCCUUACGAUGAUCCCUCAUACAGUUUCAGUUUUCGCACAUCAGAACAAUCACGGUCAGAGGACCAAGAUGCCACGGGAAGAGUAAGAGGCCUCUACUCUUUUUUGGAUGAUGAGGGCGAACGUCACAGCGUACGUUAUGCGGCUGGUGCCGGUACAGGUUUUGAGGUUAGCAAUUCUGUGCCCGAUAAUCCAGCCAGUGUAAGCUAUGCCAGCCCCUUGUACAAGGCUCCACCUGGAACGCGAGGUAAGAUGUCGGUACAACGGGGUCCGGGAGGUACAUAUAAACUUAUUGCCGCUGGACCAGAUCACAGGCGAGCUGAGACUAGAACCCCUGAUGGGGUAGUGCGUGGCACCUACUCCUUUCUGGAUGAUAAAGGCGUGCAAAGAACUGUGGAAUAUAUUGCAGGUGCUGGUAUUGGCUAUAGGGUGGUUAAAAAUCGCAUAGGUCCCAGUACACAUAUAAAUCCUUCGGUAGCCGAUUAUCGUCUGGGUGAUACCAGCUUUAAGUUGGCCAAUGAUUUUGGUACUGGUGCCUCAGCCUCAGGAGGAGGUGGUAGUGGGGGUGGAAGUGGCAACGGAGUAGGUUCAUCAGGCAUGGGUGGUCGCCAGAGAGUUAACCAAAGAGUCUCCAAUACGGUUACAGGCAAUGGAGGAUCUACAGCUGAAUAUGACACUUCGUCUACAGGGCAUGACAAUGGUGAUAAUGAAAUAACCAUUGACAAUGAACUUGACAGCGAAACCGGACCCGCCUACAAUACAAAUCGUCCGCAAAAUAACAUGAAAACCAAACCUAAGAGACCGUAUCUGCCAAGAAACUCCCCAAAUGGUAAAAACAAUCUGCCUGACAGAGAACCCAUGAUCGAGAGGGAUGCUUCAAAUAUACCUAAAAGAAAUAAUGGCAGAAAUCAAGAUAGCAACAAUGCAAUGAGCAAAAAUCCAAGAGGACCCAGUCGUAGACCACCAAAUUCAUUCAAUAAAAACUAUGGCCCUUCGAGCAGUGGCAGUGACAGUGAGGGUUCUAAUAAUGGCUACGACUAUGCGCGUCCUGGCAAAGGCUCGAAUUCCAACAACAACUAUAACCCUGACGAUGAUGACAUUGGAACCGCCCUGCCACCAUUGAUAACGGCCAAUCGUAAAAUCCUCGAAAUCGAUCGCGAGCGUGAUUGGGUUGAACGCCAUCGUGACUCAACAGUCAUCAAAAACGUAGGCAAAUGGUAUAUAGGCCUUCCGCCGGGCCAAAGUGUUCGAGCCCAUGUUCAAAAUAUUGACAUUUUACCCUUGGGAGGUCGUCGAGUGCCAUCUCCAUCGGAGGCUUUGCGUCAAGAUGAAUUGGCCGAUAUGGUGGCUUCCUUUGAGCAUGAGAAGUCCAACUACAACAGCUAGUUCUGAGCAGCCUCAGUAUGACUCGUCUCGUCCCAAAGCACAUGCGUAUUUAGAUCUUAAUGGCUUUAGCUUAAGAGUAGACAAAUGGUCUUAGAUUACUCUUAGCAUGGUAAGAUGCGAAUAAUUUGAAAUUAAAAUAAACACACAACAGUAUUGGCUUUGAUAUUUAUUUUUUUUUUUUUU